CUUAGGGAAGGGCAAGAAAGCAGACACACUGAGAGAAAAGAGCUAAAUAGCUCAAACUAGUUUUACUUUUUUAAAGUUUAAAGUUUUAUUUUAAUCUUUGCCUCUUGGAUUCUGAACUGGAUUUGGAUUAUUUUGCUGGGUUACAGCUGUAGGGUUCGUUUUUCGUGUCUGUCUUCUGGGCCAGUGGAGCAGCAGGAAUGAACUGGUCGGGACUAGAGAGUCUGCUGAGUGGAGUCAAUAAAUACUCCACUGCAUUUGGGAGAAUAUGGCUGUCCAUGGUGUUCGUGUUUCGAGUCCUGGUCUUCGUGGUGGCAGCACAGAGGGUUUGGGGUGAUGAGAGCAAGGAUUUCGUGUGUAAUACCCGCCAGCCCGGCUGUACCAACAUCUGCUAUGACCACAUCUUUCCCAUCUCCCAUAUUCGUCUGUGGGCACUGCAACUGAUUUUUGUCACCUGUCCAUCUCUGAUGGUGAUGGCUCACGUUAAAUUUCGGGAAGGAAAGGACAAAAAGUAUGUGGAACUGCACCACGGCUCUCACCUGUACGCCAACCCUGGCAAGAAGAGAGGGGGGCUUUGGUGGACCUAUCUGCUAAGUCUAGUCUUCAAAGCUGGAUUUGACACAUCAUUCCUUUACAUUCUGUAUCGAAUAUACCACGGAUACGACUUACCCAGGUUAUCCAAGUGCUCACUUGAGCCAUGCCCCAACACGGUUGAUUGCUUCAUCAGCCGUCCAACAGAGAAGAAGAUCUUCAUGCUGUUCAUGGUGAUAUCCAGUGCAUUGUGCAUCUUCAUGUGCAUCUGUGAGAUGAUAUAUCUCAUCGGCAAACGCAUCGCCAAACUGCUGAGGGUCCGUCAGGAAAAUGAGAGACUCCUCUUUGCUGAGCAGCACGAGCUUACCAACAUGGCCCUGCCCAGGUCCCAGUAUCAUAAGACUGACCCCACACUAACAGAGAGCAAGAUGAGUUUAAACAGGAGGGAAAAGGCAAAAGAAGCUGGUGUUACUACAACACUGUAGGACUAAUGGGCCUCAAAACAGUGGGUUUGUUUCUAACAGGUGGCUACAGCAAAGACACACCUUUCCUGAGAACAAGACUGUCAAAGGGUCAGUCCUGUGAAAUGCAAUCCUGUGAUCCAGCAGAAAAUAAAACAUUCAUGACUCUUUGUUGAAGAGGUGUGUAACACUGGCUGGUUGUAUAUUCUAAAGGCCACUGUUAAAGAAAAAGACAGUGAGCAGUGCUGUUCUUCCAUAUCAUAUAUCUGAAUGUCAAAUUAUUUUGUCAGACUUUUAUUGAGAAAUAUCCAGGAUAUGGGAUCUGAUGUUUUUAGUAAGUGCAUUUGAUUGUUUAUGGUGUUUAAACAUCAAUAUUUCAUUUAAAUUAAAUGCUAAACCUUAAUGUUGUAAGCAUUAUAGCCCUCUGUAUUUACGUUUAUUUGUAUUGUUUGUGUCUGAUCAAAACUGUCUCUGGUGCUCUUUGCUUUUCUUCUAUUGAAGGGCCAAAAGUGCUGCUGGGAUUAUGAUGCACUGAAGCUCAUGAGUUAGGCUUUUAAUUGAGAUUGAACUCUUUCAACUGUGAAAGAUUGCCUUAAAUUAUAAAUUUCUGAGUUUCUGGGGUGAGGAGAUAUUUGGAAAAAAUAACAGUGUGCUACAAGGCUUCGAUGGGCAGGCCUUGUAGCAGUAAACCACUUUUCAAGCCUUAAAGUGUAUUCUGCUUUGUCACAGUUGUACUCUUAAUGUGACAAUGAAAACAGGAAUGCAGUGAUUAAGACUAUAAAACUCAUAAAUUAGGAGUUAUGAAACAAACUCAGAGGACUAGGGAAGAUGAUCUUUUUGAGAUGCAUUAUUGUUUUUCUAAUUCUGAGAUUAAAGUCAGAAUUCUGAGAAAAAAGUCAGAAUUUUGAGAUUAAAGUCAGAAUUCUGAGGAAAAAAGUCAGAAUUUUGAGAUUAAAGUCAGAAUUCUGAGAAAA